AUGUAUUUGGAGGUGCUCAUCGACUCUACCUUUUGCAACAAGGAAGCGCCUACUACAAUCAUUCUCAUCAACAUGUCAUCACGCUUACAACCCUUACGCAACAGCGGAUUGUUCCGCAACCUCCCCCAGUUCGGGCCUGAAGUUGGUGGAUUGACUGCCAUUGUGUGCGGCGCCAGUGGCAUCUCGGGGUUUCACGCACUAAGGGCUCUGCUCGACACACCUCGCUGGACACGCAUCUUUAUCGUUUCGAGGUCUCCUCUUUCUGAAGAGGCGAAGUCAUUCUUUACUAGCAAACAACUCUCCCGAGUCACCCAUGUGCCAGUCGAUCUGUCGUCUUCUGCAGAAUCAAUUGCAGAGAGCUUGCGGCAAGCUCAGGUAAAGGCAGCGUAUCUAUUCUACUAUGCCUACCUUCAACCAAAAUCGGUGCUGGAUCCCAUGAGUCCUGAGGCGGCCAAGGCCCUAAUCGAAACCAAUGCACCAAUGUUUCAGAACCUCCUUGAUGCCAUGCCUCUGGCCGGCACGGUCCCUAAGCGAAUUCUACUGCAGACAGGUGGAAAGAAUUAUGGUAUGCAUCUGGGUAGGGUUCGCACGCCCAUGCUCGAAUCCGACCCUCAACCGCGCCAUAUUGCCGACAAUUUUUACUACCGCCAAGAAGAUGCUAUGAAAGACUUUUGCACCAAGUUUCCCGGCACCGCUUGGAACGUAGUGCGACCAUUUGGAAUCAUUGGUGCGUCUCCCAACUCGCCUCUCAACAUGUUCGUGUCCUUUGCCAUCUACGCCGCUGUCCAGGCGCAUAAAGGUCAACCGCUUGAGUUUGGUGGUGAUUUGACCGCUUGGCAAUUCGAAGCAAUGCAUUCAACGGCUCGUCUGACGGGCUACCUGAGCGAGUGGGCCGUGCUGGAACCUGACUGUGCCAACGAAGCCUUCAACGCAGUGGACGGAGCCACUCUGAGCUGGGAUAGAUUCUUCGGCGCUCUGGCGCAGUGGUGGGGAGUCUCAAAGGGUGUGCUUGGGCCGAGGAUGGAUGAUCACCAGUAUACCAAGGUCAUGUCAUUGGGCGGCGAUUCCAAGAAUCCAUUGGGCUACGGCCCGCCACAGGAGAUGAAGAGACGAUUCACGCUUCGAGAAUGGGCCGAUGAUGAGGUCAACCAAAACACGUGGAAAAGCCUGAUGAAAAGUUCGGCCGGCGAGCUGACUUGGAAUCCCUUUGAGGGAAACUUGGAUUCCAUCUUUAGUGGUGACUUUGCAUACCUAUCGUUUGGUACUGCAUCUGUAGCCAAGACAAGGAGGUUUGGAUUCAAUGGUUUUGUUGAUCCUUUGGAAAGUGUAUACGAAAUGUAUUUGGAGUGUCAGAAGUUGGGCAUGUUGCCAAGGAUGGCCGCUCAGGCGUCUCCUAUGAUCUAA